AUGAACAUGCCACCACCGCAUGGCCCUGGUGGGCAUCCCGGCCAUCCAGGUCACCCCGUCCAUCCAGGUCAUCCAGGGCAUCCCGGCCAUCCAGGUCAGCCUGGUCACUUUGGACAUCCUGGUCAGCCUGGGCAUCCGGGCCAUCCGGGCCAUCCAGGCUUUGGCGCCUCAUCCUCUCCCUCACCAGGCAUGAUGAAUCGCCAGCACCCGCAUGCGCAGCAAUUCUACCCGCCGCAAGCUCACCAACAGCACCUCGACUCGCCCUCGGCGUCGGCGAACCGCGGUCGCAAGCGCAAGCUCACCGUGCACAACCACUCGCAGCCGCACAUGCCGCGACGCCUCUCUAUGCAUGGUCCCGGCGGACCGCACGCGCAACAUCCCGGCCAUCCGCAGCAGCUUGGGCCUGGUGGCAUGCACGGUCGUGCGCCCAUGCCGCCGUUCCUCGGGCUCAACCUGCCGCCCACCAUCGCCGACGAGCUGCCCGAGUCGAUCUUUGAUGAUCUCGACCGCCUCGGCCCGCGCGACAUUGCCGUCGCACGGUAUGCGCGCAACCACGAGCUGCUCAGCAUGGUCUUUGACGCACGCCGCAUCGACACGCUCACCCCGGCCCCGUCACCGUAUGUCGACGUGAAGCACGACGACCUCAAGGCCAAGGCGGCUGCAAUCCACGACGAAAUCGCGCAGCUCACCAAGCAGCAUGAAGGAAAGAUGCGCGAGGUGCGCGAGAGCGCCUCCAGCAAGAAGGGCAGGAGCAGCAAGGCGGACGACGAGCUGGAUGGUGAGGUGCCAGCGUGGGCGAACAACGCAUCGAGGGGCAGGAUCGUCGGCGUCGGAUUCGUGCGUGCCGAGACGCCCGAGGAGCUGCGGCCGCCCAAGCCCGCUGCUGAGCCAGCGGCAGCAGCUGCUUCAGUAGCGGAUGGCGCAGGGGAGCAGACGCAGCAGGCUGUGCCUGCAGUGACAGAGGCAGCCGAGGAGGAGAAGGCGCAAGCAGAGCAGACAGCAUCACAGGCAGAGCGCGAGGCAAUCGAGCAGCUCAACGUCGAACUUGGCAUCGCGCCCACGCAGUCGGAGCCGCCUGCGCCCGCACCCGCGCCUGCACCAGUCGCACCUACUGAGGCGACAGCCAUGGCCGAGGACAAACCCGCCGAGGCUGCACCCGCGUCCGUCGAGGCAGUGGCUGCACCGGCCGCAGACGCAGAUGUGGCAGCGGCUGAAACAGGCACUCCGGACGUCGCACUGGCAGCCCAGCCCGUGGCCGAGCUGACGGCAGACGCAGCAGCGACGACGGGCACAGAGGAUGCGUCAGCUGCCGCGGUGGCCGAGACCGCGACCGAGGCCGUCGAAGUUGCACGGGAUGCGGCUGCUGUGCCGGCUGGCGCCGAGGAGAGCGCGACAGCACAGCCAGCAGCUUCUGAGGCGGCCGAUGUGACCAUGGCGGAUGCGGCCGCGCCGACCGUGCAGCCAGUGGUGGAGCAGCCGGACGCGCAGGUCGCCGACUCUGCUGCCCCGACACAAGAACAAGCCAGCACCCAAGUUGAGGCUGAAUCCAAGCCUGAAAUGCCUGCUGCCGCAGCAGAGCCAUCAGAUGCUCCUACCUCGUAG